GUUACACAGGACCGGCCGCAAUGUCUGCAACUGGCAAUGCCUCAAGCCCUUCUGGCUCGCCCUCCAAGUCCUCUCUUCCCCCAGGCAUGGUCAUAGGCCCGGACGGGAAACCCUGCAAGAUCUGCACCGCGUUCCGCAACUGGAAACCGCGCACCGAAAAGCCCAAGCAGCAAACACAGAGCUCAUCGCAGGGCACAACAACACCUGGCCAGAAGACCGCCGCUAUGAUGGCAGCGUUCGCGACCGGCACGGGCUUCGCGUCCACCUCGCAGCAGACGACCACCCCCGCCCCCACGCCCGCGCCCGUCCAAGAACAGGAACAGGAAUACACGCGUCCGGCGAACUGCCCACCAGAUGUCGAGCAGCUCGGGAGCGCGACGUGGACGUUCCUGCACACGACGGCCGCGUACUACCCGGACGCGCCGACCAUGGCGCACCGCGUGAACAUGCUCUCGCUGCUGCGCGCGCUGCCCGUGCUCUAUCCGUGCUCGACGUGUGCGACGCACCUCGGGGAGGAGAUGAAGACGCGGCCCCCGGACGUGAGCAGCCGUGGGGCACUGAGCCGGUGGUUGUGCGAGCAGCACAAUGCGGUGAAUACGCGCCUGGGGAAGGAGCGCUUUGAGUGCAUGGUGGAGAAGCUGGACGAGCGGUGGAAGGACGGGCCUAAGGACGGGAGCUGCGACUAGGAGGAGACAUAUUCUGCAUGCCGCCGUGCCCACAGCGGUCGGACACACCGUCACACCUCCGCUCAGCAACUGUAUCAUAGUACCUCUAAUCAUGAACUCCCCACAUGUUAUACUAGACUACGCACACCACUCACUCGCGAUAUUCGCACUAG